UCUCUCUAGAAACCGUGGAUAUUUUUAUGUUGUAACUUGCAGCUGAGUUCCUUGUGGGCUGAAAAAAGUGAAUCUGACUCGCACAGCUUUUACGCAGCACCAGAAUACCCCUCUUCCCUCUGCACUUGCACCUUAAAAGAAGGAGAUGGUGCUGGGAUACUGGAAAUACUCUAUUUGAGAGCUUGGGAUAGGGGUUUUCCUCCUGAAAAUGACCAUAGGAGAGACGUAGCUCUUCUGCCCGCUUGUAAGCGCAACUGGUAUGGGUAAUGGUGUGAGAGAAGGUCAAGUGGAUUUCAAACAGCAGGAUGUGGAGUCAGUUACAUCAGCCCAUCUCCCAUCAGAGGGUAAUCAGGAGAAAAAGAAAGUCCUCAACUCCCUGAUGUCUGGUGCAUUGGCUGGUGCUGUUGCUAAAACCGCAGUAGCUCCACUAGAUAGGACAAAAAUCAUGUUUCAAGUGUCUUCUAAAAGAUUUUCUGCCAAGGAAGCCUACAGGCUGAUUUAUCGCACCUACCUCAAUGAAGGCUUCUGGAGUCUCUGGCGGGGGAACUCAGCCACCAUGGUCCGUGUCAUCCCUUACGCUGCCAUUCAGUUCUGUGCGCACGAAGAGUACAAGCAGCUCCUGGGAAGUUACUAUGGCUUCCAGGGAAAAGCGCUGACACCCUUUCCUCGAUUCAUUGCUGGCUCUCUGGCAGGCACAACGGCUGCCAUGUUAACCUACCCCUUGGAUAUGGUCCGUGCUCGAAUGGCUGUCACGCCGAAGGAGAUGUACAGCAAUAUUGUCCAUGUCUUCAUCCGAAUAUCCCGAGAGGAAGGAUUGAAGACAUUGUAUAGAGGAUUUACACCAACCAUCCUUGGAGUGAUUCCUUAUGCUGGGCUUAGCUUCUUCACCUACGAGACGUUAAAGAAGCUACAUGCAGAUCACAGUGGGAAAUCGCAGCCGUCCCCUCCGGAGCGGCUUUUGUUUGGUGCCUGUGCAGGCUUGAUUGGCCAGUCAGCUUCGUACCCCCUGGAUGUGGUUCGCCGACGGAUGCAGACGGCAGGGGUUAUGGGACACACGUACAGUUCCAUCCUUCUCACCAUGCAGGAGAUUAUAAGAGAAGAGGGACUAAUCCGUGGCUUGUACAAAGGACUCAGCAUGAACUGGGUCAAAGGUCCAAUUGCAGUGGGAAUAAGCUUCACAACCUUUGACCUGACGCAGAUCCUUCUCCGUAAAUUACAGCACAGCACUAAUGUUGAAAGGUAGUAGCUUAAUCCCUGCAGCCUUUGCUGGGGAAAAGUCCAACACGUGUAGAAAGAGCAGUGCUAGCGUUCCUUCACUUUGUACAUGCUCUCCUGCAGCUGAGAACUUACCUUUCUCAUUUUGUUUGUUUGUUUUCUUCCGUUGUUGGUUUUUUAUUUUCUUUUAGUUCUUUUUAAUGAGCCUCUUGAGUUAUUUGGAAACCUCAACCUGAAAAUAACGCUUUCCUAAACACAAUUCUUCUGACAGUUCUGCAGAACUGAGUCCUCUACAGUAGCUGCCUCACCCUUCUGGUUUCCUCUUUGACACCAGGAGUGGAGCCUCUUAAACAAACGUGUGCUGCUGCUGGCUCCUCACCUGGUCUCUGUGGGCAGAUGAAGCGGUGGAUGAUGAAAGAGAGGACUCGGUGCUGUUGGAAUGAACCUCUGAAUCUGGGAAGUGACUGCUGCUCCUGGUAAGCAGUUCGGAACACAUGUUAGCUGGAGGCAGUCUGCCAAGUGCAAUAUUCCAGUUAGGCUCUAGGGAGUUCCAGAUUCCUCUGACCUGCAAGCAUCGGUCUCCACAGAAGAGGACGCAGCAGGAUUUAACAGUUCCGGGUCGCUUCUUUUCUUUGGGAAGUUGACUGGGAGCUCUGGCUGGAAAUGCUGCCCUUUUGGUCAAAUGUUUUUCCCAUUUCUGCGGUUUGUUGCAUAAAAUCUCUCUUGCUUGCGACGUCCCUCGGAGUUUACCAAAGACUGCAGGCAGCAAAGGAGGAGAGUUCUGGGCGGGUUUGGAAAUCACAUUCUUGUGUUUGUUAGUGUUGUUGAGCAGGGGCUGUGCCUGGAUUCACAAACCCGAUCGAAUUGAACCACAGUAGUGCUUCCAGGCUGCCCAGACCCUUCUGUUAUCCUGGUCUUAAAGGCAGCAUUUUCUGAGGGAUUUGGGAGACUGAUGCACUAGAAAAGGGAGUGUUAAAUACUGAGAAUUUAAGCUGUUUUAUCCUUCAGUAUUAUUGUUGCCGCUUUCUGCGUGAUGCAAGAACAAACAUCUCAAAGCUGCACGUGUGAUGCAGACUCAGCUAUCCCGAAAGGCUGCUCACGCCUGGUGAAUGCAGCCUCGCACUUGCCUCAAGCUGCUGGCCCUGCUCCUGAACAACCGCGUUGUCUUCUGGUGCCUGCUGUGUAGUCGUGUCCUCUCCAUUCUGUCGUCCACAUCUAAAACCACUUACUUUUAUUCCUAGUGCUCUUCUGGACCAUCUGAGUCCCUGGGAGAACAGGCUUCACAGCCAGUAUUGACCCCUCAGAAAUCCUAUAUAGUGCCAAUCAUUCCCAGUUGUGAUUUGAAAAUGGAUGGUGAAGAACCUUCCAGUGCUCCUAUUUCAAAGCAGUCUUUGAGGAUAUGGAAAUCCACGGGUGGUUUUCGUUCCAUGUCCCAUUCCUGUAGUAAAUUUGGAGUGGUCAGGGCAAACUUUAGACUUCUCUAAGAAUCAGAUUACAUGAACCGUAAUUAAAAAUCCCUUUCCAGCUGAAAUAGUCUGUAAUGUAUAAAAGAAAAAUAGGACAUAAAUUCAAAGCUGUCCUUCUCUGGUGUCUGUACUUUAGCUGUUGUAGUCCGAGCCCCAUGUCAUGGCUUUAUUAAUGGGAAUGGAGGUAAUUGCACAAUGGGUAGAAAUAGCUUUCUCCUUUCUUUGGUCUUUGCACUUGUUCUUUGGAGCAUAACUUGCUUCUAAUGCCAAAUAUUUCCCUAGGAAUUGAGAACCCACGCUUCCCUAUUGUGGACCCGGUGGAGACCCAGCACUCUGAAGUAUUAGCAUGCAUGUUGUUCCCAGAACAUGUGGGAUCCAUCGUACUUUAAUGGUUUGGCGAUGGGUGGGGUAUUGACCUCAGUAACUUCUGCCUCCGAGCCCAUGAAUGACAAUUUCUGUUGUGAAACUUGACUGCAGUCACUGAUUUACCUUGUAAUUAAUGUUAGGCGUUGUUUUAAGAGUUUUUUAGAGGUGAUAGCCGUGAAUUCUGUCUACAUUUUGCUCCCGCUGCUGAUGGAAGAUGAUCAGCUAUUCUCUUUGUUGGGGUGAAAUUUCAUUUAGUCCUUUGCAAGAGCUCUGAUUUCUUUUCUCCAAUGGAGAAGCCAAAUACUUAUGCUCUUGUUUUGAUCUUGUCUGGCCCAGUGAGGAAAUCCUGAGGCAGUUGCAUCCUACCGCAGAAAGGAGGUACAGACCAGCAACUGGGUGUGUCAGCAGCUGCCUGUGUGUACGUGUGUGUCCGACUGUGUGUAUGAUCCAUGCCAAGUUCUCGUUCAGCUCAGAGGUCACCGGUUUGAAGCACAGUCCUUUCUGCCCCACCGAUGGGUGCUCUGUGAAGCUGAGAGGAAGCUGAGCUGUGGCAUCUGAGUUGGAGCGGGCUCCUGUGCUCCGCGGUACGGUAGGUCAGCUCAGAGGCAAGCGCAGCAGACCUUGUCGUAUGAGAUGUUGAGCAUCACUGAACCCCUAUGGCAGCAGAGGUGGCCUAAUUCCUCCUGGGUCCUGACGGAGAAAGGAUUUACACUGGAUGACUAGCCUCUUGUUUGGGACUGAACAGGAGGGCAGAUCUAUGUGGGAUACAUUCUGCUGGUGUAUUAAAUGAUCAGGAAGCCUGCGGAGGAGGCAGCUUCUGCCUUGCUGACCUGGAAUCGCUCACCUCACAGCUGAAAUGCGGUGCAGGCAGCGGAUCCGGAGCCUGGGGACUCUGUGCUGAGAAAUAAGACCUGAAGCACAGCCAGGCUUGGAAGCCUUGGGCUUGGAGUUGUUCCUUCAUUUAGCAGCUGCACCUGAUUUGAAUUCAAUGAAACUUUAGCCAAACAUGUUUUUCUGAGUUCUGCAGGCUGAGUUUGUUCAGAGACAGGUCUUUGAAUUCAGUCUGUAAUGGUUUUGGUGCUUUUGUUUCUUGGGCAGAAGUGUUCAGAGUAACUGUGUGUUAUUGCUUUGGGUUGCUUUAAAUAGCUUUUUUUUCUCUCCUUUUUCUUCUCUGAUUUGAAUGUAGAAAUGGAGAAACAGAGUGUUCUCUUCCCUCCCUUAAUCCUUGCGUGAAUUGAGAUGUGUUCCAGAUCUCUCUGCUGCCUGGAAGGAGUGCCCGAGGAGGUUGGACAUGGUGAUUUGGAAAGGGAGGGUGUCUCUGUGCUGGCCAAGAAGGUCCAUUGCCUUCAGCGCUGGGAACAGAGACAAGUCUAACAGGAGCAUUCUCCAGUCCUCCUUUGCUUUAGAACUUCUUUACUACCACAAAUGCCCCAUUUUUUCAUUUUAUUCUUCUCAGUCUCUUUGCUUUUAUUUUCAAAUCACAUUUGCAGUAACGCAUUAAGGAACAAAGAUUAAUUUCUGUGCUUUUUGAUCUUGUCCCCUCUCCUUCCCUCCCUGCGCCUGCACCUUUCAUCCCGCACUAGCACUUCGAGAAAAUCGGGUCCGAUGAAAUGCAUCCAAAAUGACAAAACUGCAACUUCUAUAGUGAUGGCCGAACAGCCGGAGUCAGCCUCCCCCUCACAGCAGGGAUGCUUGGUGGGACAAGAAGGAAAAGGGCCCUGGGUGAUGGGGCAGGAGGUGUUUUUGGAAGGUUCCCGUAUGGCUUGUCCAGCCUUGCACCUUUACUUCACGAGCUGUGAGAUGCCACUGCCUCUUUCUCUUUCCACCCUGUUAUGCCAUCUUGCUCUGGGAGAGCAUCUGCUGGUCCUGGCAGGCUCCGAGGGUCAGGUAGGGACCUUGAGUUAUGCGAGAGGUGGAAUCUGAGCUAGCUUCUUGCAAACCUGUUUGCUCUGCAUGCCCUCUGCCAGUUCCCUGGGAAGACAGAGCCGCUGAAGAGCCGCUGGGCUGCUUGGCAGGAGUGUGGUGGAAGGACUGGGAGAGCAGUCACGGCCUGGAAGGCUCUGAGCCGUGCGGUGGGUGGGGUGGCGUAGCCCUGGUACGAGGUGGGAGCGCUCCAAAAGCGGUUCCAUAGCUUCUGUGGAAUAGUAGCGGUACUUCUGUUAACCUCUUAUCACCUUCCACUUAGAAGGACUUGAGUACUAUCAUCUUCACCCUUUGGUGUCUUUAACGCAACAGCAGACGAGGCAUAAAAGGAAACUCCAAGCAAAAGCACUGUGGCAAUCCCAAGCGAGCCUGGUGCCAGUCCCGGAUGGUCAGGAGGGGCGGGAGAUGCGAUGGGAGAUGCUUCUCCUGGUGGGUCUGCGGGGUCUGACUGCGUACUUGGGCUCUGCAGGGAGCUGGAGGCGUCCCUGCCUGGGCUGGACCAGAGGAGGAGAUGGCUUCCUACAAAACAGCCUUUAUUUUUAUUGUAGGCGCUGACUCCUCGCGCUCUCCCCGUCUCCCCUCCGCUGCCGGGUGGUGCUGGGUUUCCCAGCACCGUUCACUGCCUGUGUGGUCUAUGCAUAUAUUAGCACAAACACUGUUAAAUGCCUUUUGUCCAGACGUGUCCUCACCAACGAUGUGUGCAUGUGUGUAUGAGGUGUGUCGGUUUGGACUGCUUUUCUUGGAUCUGGAGUUCUAUUUUAUUGCAGUGAAGACACUUUGUUAUAUAAUGUUUAUAUAUUUUAAGAUUUGUGCCAAGAGAGGAUGUAUAUUUAAUAAA